AUGUAUGUGAAAUGGUUUGAUACAGUAAUGUUUUACUAUGUGAUUUUAGUGAAUGGCACUUUUUGUCAUUUUCAAAUUUCCCGCUGUUUCGUCCCCCGUAUGUCCCGACGCUCGCAGGGGACGGAACCCAGAUGACAGAUGCCGGCAUCUGCCGGAUUACAUUGUCGUGGACACUGCAGGAGGGACAUCGUGGUAAGUGAUCGAGGGAUCGCGGAGCAGCGCCGCAUGGUAAGCCCAAGUGUAGCUCGGGGUUACCGCUUGUGCUACACUCGGGAAUACCGCCAGGGAGGU